UCCGGGGAAUCAAGAUUGGGAAGCACCGCUGGAGCACCUGACUUACAGGGACAGGUUCUUAAAUAUUUCACGUAUACAAGAAAGCCACAAAAGAGAGAUUACUUCCGCUGGAUUCAACGGGGAUUGCCCCCAGGGUGCUUUGCAUGUGGGAUGGAAAAUGGAUUUAGAGUGUUCAAUGCAGAUCCACUCAAAGAGAAAGAAAAACAAGAAUUUCUAGAAGGUGGUGUUGGCCAUGUUGAAAUGUUGUUCCGCUGCAAUUAUUUGGCCUUGGUCGGUGGAGGAAAAAAGCCGAAAUAUCCACCUAAUAAAGUGAUGAUCUGGGAUGAUCUGAAAAAGAAGACAGUUAUUGAAAUAGAAUUUUCCACAGAGGUCAAAGCUGUCAAGCUGCGAAGAGACAGAAUCGUGGUAGUUUUGGACUCUAUGAUUAAAGUGUUCACUUUCACGCAUAAUCCUCACCAGUUGCAUGUCUUUGAAACCUGCUACAAUCCUAAGGGUCUCUGUGUCCUGUGCCCAAACAGUAAUAAUUCCUUGCUUGCAUUCCCUGGAACACAUACUGGACACGUGCAGAUAGUGGACUUGGCAAAUACAGAAAAGCCUCCUGUAGAUAUACCUGCUCAUGAAGGAGUCUUGAGUUGCAUAGCUCUAAAUCUGCAGGGAACAAGAAUUGCUACAGCAUCAGAAAAAGGGACCCUUAUAAGAAUAUUUGAUACUACAUCUGGGCAUUUAAUCCAGGAGCUACGCAGAGGAUCUCAGGCUGCCAAUAUCUACUGCAUUAACUUCAACCAAGAUGCUUCUCUUAUCUGUGUGUCAAGUGACCAUGCCACAGUGCACAUUUUUGCUGCCGAGGAUCCUAAACGCAACAAGCAGUCAAGCUUAGCAUCAGCCAGCUUCCUGCCCAAAUACUUCAGUUCCAAGUGGAGUUUUUCCAAAUUUCAGGUUCCCUCGGGCUCCCCCUGCAUCUGUGCCUUUGGAACAGAACCAAAUUCUGUCUUAGCAAUCUGUGCAGAUGGCAGUUACUACAAAUUUUUAUUCAAUCAAAAAGGGGAAUGCUCCAGGGAUGUUUACGCUCAGUUCUUAGAAAUGACUGAUGACAAACUUUGACUGAACUGCUGGCAGUUUGUGGGGAGAGAUGGUACCUCAAUCCCCUUCCUGAUUAUUCUGUCUGAAGAAACAGCCUCUGACUACCAUAACAGUGGACAUGCUCAAGCUGGACCGAUGAUCUUAAGAAGCCCAAGCCAGUGUGGUCGGAGUAAGCCACAAGGCAGAAGACUAAUAUGUUAGCUGUUAACAGCAGGUUUUCAUGUUAGUUUUGGCUGCUGCUGUUACUUCAGCUUUCCUAAAGUUUCAAUAGCCUGUGCCUAUUGGAUUUUUCUCUGUAGUUAACAUCUGCCACACCAUAAGGAUGAACUCCUCUGGAGAAAUAAAAGUGGAAGUCCUAAUACUAUGCGGGGUGGGGGGUGGGAAUGACAUGCCAGACAAGUUGGAAUAUUUAUACCAGCCACUUCUGCCUUUACAAAUAUGUUGUUUUCCCCUAAAACUCUGAAAGGAAUCAUUGCUGUUUGGCUCAGAGUUGUAUUUGCUCAGGAAGGGAUAGCACAUACUGCUGUGAAUAGGUAUUAACUUGUUAAUGUCAUUUGUCAGAGGUGCCAAAAUAAAUAUUGUACAGUAAACAGCAUUAAAUUCUGUUGAACCAAAUAGCUUAUUAUAUAGGGCAGGAUGUAACUGGCAUAGGAUAAUACAGAGAGGUUGUGAGGCUGACCAUUUUGGUUUAGAUAUUGGAAGUAAUCAUACAGUUGAAGUCUUGAUCCAUUUGUGUUGGCACUUAGACUGUAAAAAAAACGAAAGGCUGGCAAUAAUUGCUUGAUGAGUAGCAAGUGGCAUACACUACUUUAGUUCCAAGAUACCUCUCACUAUUCUACAGAAAGCUCAUUCUGUGUGCUGAACCAACUAAGCUGAUGCUUAGUUGAGCAAAAAUGAUAAAGCCAAGACACAACUGCAUUUCAGAUGUUUUGGAAAAUGAGGUAUGUGGACAUUUAAUUAAAAGCUACCACCAUCACCCCCUUAUAGCACAACUUCAGUUAUUUGUUCCCUUGAUUUUACACAUGCGUCAAAAUUAAAUGAAGUUAUAGUUCAUCAAGUUGUAUGCUAUUGGAAUUUGUCAUUUAACUAAAUCCUAUAUUCAAAUGUCAGUUUGCAUGUUGCUUUUAAAUGUGUAUUUAAUCAUGGGAAUUUUUUGCACAUUUUUUGUAAUACUCUCUAAUUAAAAGUGACUAAUUUGCUGUAUUCA